AUGGAGAAUAAAAAGAGCAGACAGAGUCAAGAUGGACCUGAGAAGGAUAUUGACGUUGGGGAAACGCAGGAAACACAAUCUGACGUAGGUCUUGAGUAUUACCGCCAGUCUCAACUCAUGGACCCUGCGCGACGAGAAGAGGUAGCCAAAGAAGAUGUGCUUGAUCUAUCUGUAUCAUUCCUCGAUAUGCAAACGCUCAAUUAUGAAUCUGCAUAUGGUCUGAAGAAGGAUCUGAAUCUCGUUGGCAACAAUUACUCGUGGAUUGCCUCCGUCACAAACAUCGGGUACCUGGGAGUUCUGCUGGUCUUUAAAGUCGGCGCAAAGAACUUUGCUGGCAUGAUGGUGUUGCGUUUCUUGCUAGGAGCACUGGAAGCCUGUGUUGGUCCGGCUUGGAUGCUCACCGCCAGCAUGUUCUGGAAGCGCGAUGAGCAGCCUUUGCGGAUGUGUAUCUGGCUUGGCUGUAAUGGUAUUUCCUUGAUGCUAGGCGCCGGUCCCUCUUUGGGUCUUGGUCAUACUGAGAAUACACAUUUGGAACCCUGGCAGCUUGUCUUUAUUGAAAGCCUAAUGCAAAGCGAUAAUAGCGGCACGACCUCUAAUAUAAUCUUCUUAUAUGACAUUGGUGUUGUCACUAUUUCUGGGGGCUGUAUCGCAUUCUUCUUCUUCCCUUCCAGCCCCAUUGAUUCCAAGCUAUUCACCCAUGAAGAAAAGUUCUUCUCUAUCUGGCGAAUCGCCGACGACCAAACAGUUAUUAAGCACAGCACAGUGCUCCACUAUCUGAUCGAAGAGGCGCUUUUAGAACCAUGCGUCUGGUUUAUAGCUGGCCAGCAAAUUGCGAUAGGCAUUAUCAAUGCUGGAAUCACCAAUUUCAUAUAUGCUCUUUUGGCUGGUUUUGGCUACAGUCCUCACCAGGUCAUUUUUUCGCAGCUCCUGAACGGAGCAUUUCAGCUAGUCAUGACUAUAUCUGCGGGAGCUAUCGCCUCGAACGUUCAACACUCCUCCAUCCUCUGCGCCAUAGCUAUCCAUAUCCCAUCGCUCGCAGGCAUUUUGGGUAUUGCCCCGAUCACGAUCGAGCACCGCUUAGCACUCACUGCCUGCUGUUGGUUGCUCGGUAUCAUCGGCACCGCUAUUAUCCUAAACUGGUCUAACAUCCCGGGACAUGCCAAGAGAAUGACAGUCAACGGUCUCAACUUUGUUUGCUACGCUAGCGGAAACAUUACAAAAGGAGACCGGAAGGCCCGUGGGAAUAAACUCAAUUUUGACUUUAUGAUAUUGGGGACUGCUGAAAAAGCCGGUUCACAUGCCGAGGCUACUCAUAGCCCCUGUAGCCCAUGA